ACUGUAAGUUGAAGCAUCAGGUGGUGUCAUUACUGUUACGAUUGCUCGGUUGAUUUGCACAAGGUAGAAAGUAUUUCGAGACGGAUGACUUUUUAGAAUGGAUUUUUUCGUCAUUUAACAUGUAUAAACACAGUUUAGUAUGCCAAGAGAUCUAGUAUUUCUAAUGGUAUUCGGAACACUUUAGUCGAGCAGGCUGCAUUGUGAUUGGAUAUGUGGGUUUUCAAUAGGUGGAGCUAAGAAAAAUGAUGCAGUAUGAAUACUCAACUUUUUCUACUUCAGUCACCCAGAGUGAACUUGAUGUGGAGUUUUACGAGUUUGACAACAAUUACUGUGAAAACUAUUUUUGCUCAACCAGCGCUACUAGCAGUAGUAGAAUGGAGGAAGAUACAGAUGUUGAGCCUGCAUCACAAGAUGUUCCCUUAUUGAAUACAGAGGAUAUAGCUGAACCAAAAGACAGGUGUAAAAUAGUUUUACUUACAUUCACUUUACUAGGAUUUACAACAUUAUUUCCAUGGAACUUCUUUAUUACUGCAAAUGAUUACUGGAUAUACAAGUUUCGUAACGUAAGUGAAAAGGUUUUAGAUCCUUGUGAAAAAACUGAACUCCAGGCAUCCUUUGCAAGUUACCUGUCAAUCGCAAGCAACAUUCCAACAUUAAUAAUGCUGUCAGUGAAUACUGCUCUUGUUAAUAGACUACCCCAAGAGCUACGGAAUGGCUGUUCUUUGGUUGCAAUGGUCAUAAUUUUCAUAAUAACAGUUGCCUUGACAAAAGUCAACACAGAUGGAUGGCAGCUGGGAUUCUUUGCUUUAACAAUGGUUACUGUUGUAGCUGUAAAUGUUGCGGCUGCUGUGUUUCAAGGUGGGAUUAUUGGCCUUGUGUCCCUUUUUCCCCCAGCAUACAUGCAUGGUUUAGUAACAGGACAGGCAGUAGGAGGUAUAUUUGCAGCCAUAGCCCAGAUCAUAGCCUUAGCUGGACAUAUUGAGCCACUAGUUAGUGGUUUUGGAUUUUUCUUGUGUGCAGUAAUUGUACUUCUAAUAACACUUUUUUCUUACCUUGGAGUACACAGAAUGGAGUUUUUUGUAUAUCACACAGAAUGUACAACAAAAAUUUCCAAAAAGAUGUCAUCACUAACAGAAUCAGAUCCUCAUCUAUCAUUUUUUGAAAUUUGCAGACAGUUUUAUAUGAGAAGGUUCUUCAUUCCAGUGACUUCAUUUCUCCUGUUUAAUAUUGGGGAUUUUUCAGGAAGGAUUAUUGGAGGUUGGUUAACAAUACCGCCAAAGUUUCGAUUAACUCUGUUGAGUCUAACCUGCCUGAGAGUGGCAUUUGUACCAUUGUUCAUGCUUUGUAAUGCUCAUCCAAGAAAUAAUCUACCAGUGAUAUUUGAUAGUGACGUAUAUUAUAUAAGUUUUGUAGCAGUGUUUUCUGUCACAAAUGGGUACUUCUUCUCCAAUGCCAUGAUGCAUGCUCCAAAACAAGUGAGUCAACGCUUCCGUGAGCAAGUUGGAUCGAUGAUGGUUAUGUGUCUUGGUUUAGGAUUAGCACUUGGAUCAGUGUCUUCCAUUGCUCUUGUAAAAAUGUUGUGAAUAAAAUUUCCAUGUUGCUCAAUCACUCAA